CACGCUCCUCCUCCUCCUCCUUGCUCGCUCUAACUAUAUAAUGCCGUCACCUCCUCGCACUGAUUUAUUUCCCUCAUAACGAGCUGAGCGAGCUUAUUUUUAAUAGAUAUUAUGGCGAUGAUGGUUGGUGGACCACCGCCUGCCGGUAACGACACGAUAGAAUCACACAACGUGUUGCCCAUCGGAACGGCGCAAGAGUUGCAAGCGAGAAAGAAUGACAACCGGAACAAGGAGCUGUUUGUGUACGGGUUCACGUCCAAGGAUUACCAGCAACCGAGUAGAAUCAUGAGCAGGGAGUUCAGAAAGCUCUCCGUGGACACUAAGUUCAAGGAUGCCGCCGCGUUCUUCGAGAUGGACGUCGACAACUUCCAGGAUCUGGCGCAGCAAUACAAACUGGAUGUGUACCCUGCGUUCCUGCUGCUGAAUCCCAAGGACACCGACAAGGAGGUGGGCGCCAGGGUCACCGGCAUCGACCCGUGGAAGCUCAGGAGCAGCAUCCAGGACGCGCUGAACCAGCUGCGGGCACCGCCUGUCCGCCAACCAGAUCCUCCGAGACGGCGCCGACGUAGACGAAGCUAUGGCAUGCAUUUAGUCCGCUAAAACUGGCUAUAGCCCGCUAAAUGCCGGCUAUAGCUCGCUAAAUGCCGUAACGGCAGCUCUGCCGCUAAACGUGUUAGCCGGCGAUUUAAAACCUUAGGAAAUAUAAAGGAGGGGAUGAGGGAAUGGUGAACCAGCUGCUGAAAGGCGCGUACUGCCGGGUAUGGUGGUUAUUCCGGGUAUGGUUAUGCCGGCGGGUAUGGUGGUGGUUAUUCCGAGUAUGGUUAUGCCGGCGGGUAUGGUGGUUAUUCCGGCGGGUAUGGUGCCAUGUAAUUACAUGGAGCUGACCCGACGAUCAACUAAUAUAUGUGUUCUCGGCUAGCUAUCUAUAGCUUCGCCUGUGGCUCGAUCAGCUCCCUUAUGGGUCCAUCGAUACAUACUGUAUUGUACUGUUACUGUAUGAUCUGAUGCAAGCACAGCGUGCAUGCUUUAGUUUGCUAAUAAAUUUCUGUGUAAUUAAAUAUGUAAGAAACAUGGCUUGUUAGGCAAUAGUUUGUGAUUUUGGUGAUUAUGUGACAAUAUAGUCAAUGAGAUUAAUGAUUUUGUGA